CACCUUCUUCUUCUCUUAGUCAGGAUGCCUUCUGCUUAAAGGAGUGAAGUCUGCGCCCACAUUUCUUUGAAAAUGGAGGUUUUCAUGAUCCUCGUGGUGCUUCAGGCUCUAGUCCUCUGUCAAGCUAAACUGUUCAUAAACCAGGCCUCCACAUCGUGCUCCUGGGCUGUGACCUCUGCAGGAGAAAAUCAGAGUUUGGCUAUUUUCACACAGGAGUCCCUGUCACCACUUGCUGCUCGGAUCUGUCAGGCCCUCGGCUGCGGUAAAGUCCACAAGCUAAAUAAGAUCACUGCACAUGGAAAUGCGAGCUGUCUCACAGGCUGCAGCUACCACAAUAACCAACUGAUCAACUGCAGGAAAGUUCAUGGGACAGACUGCAGCAUGCUAUCCGAGGUUGUUUGUGAUGCUCCUUACAUAACCCCAACAAAUCAACUCUGCGUCUGGAACAUAACAUCUCCAACGCCUGAAUCAGCAGUCAUUCUGACCAACGAGUCCAUCCUCAGAUUGUCCAGGGAAAUAUGUCAGAACUCCAGCUGUGGAGAUGUGUUUGAACAGAACAGCUCAAAAGCACCACCCAACAGUACUUGUCUAACUGACUGCGUCUACCACAACUCCUUUUUUUGGAACUGUUCCACAGUGAUCAGAAAUGAUUGCUCAAUAAUUUCUGAAGUCACCUGCGGUAACAACAAAGUCAGAUUGUCAGGAGGUAGCCAUAAGUGUGCUGGACGGGUGGAGCUGUGGAAAGCUGGACAAUGGGGCACGGUGUGUGACGAUGAGUGGGAUAAACAGGACGCAGAUGUGGUCUGUGCUCAGCUGAACUGUGGAUAUGCAAUCUCUGUUAAUGGGCAGGAUGGCCCCUAUACCCAGGGUAAAGGUCCCAUUCUCAUGGACGAGCUGAACUGCACAGGGAAGGAGAGGAGCCUGUGGGAAUGUCCUGCAGUGAGGGAAGGUCAUGACUGUGGACAUAAAGAAGAUGCUGGAGUGGUGUGUUCAGAAUAUAAGGCUCUGAGACUCACUGGUGGACGGGACCAUUGCUCAGGCAGAGUGGAAAUCCAUCGGAAUGGUUCGUGGGGUACGGUGUGUGAAGACUGCUGGGACAAGCAGGAGGCAUCCAUGGCUUGCCGCAUGUUGGGCUGUGGGGAAGCAACAGUAUUCACAGCCUUCGAGGAACCCUUUACCCACACAAAUAAUACACGUUGGUUUUACCAAUGUUUGAAAGCACACAAAACCCUGUGGGAUUGUAGAGAGAUAGAUGCAACUACACAUGUUCUGUGUGAAGCCUCAAAAGCUGCAGGAGUGAUUUGUAAAAACUCUCUUGGACUGCCUGUACCUACCACUCCAGAUGUAGCUACGGCCAUAGUAACAACAAUGCAAACCACUACAGAAGCACCCACAGUGCUCUGGACUCCUGAAUUACUGGGCUGCAUUAUACUAUCCUGCAUUCUUUUGAUUGCAAUUCUCUCAAAUAUCAUCAUGUGUUGCUGUUCAAAACGGAAAAGAAAAGCUCUUCAAGUUCAGCAGAGAUUUGCUAAUCUACAAACCAACACAGCAGUUGAAGAGAAUAACUAUAGAGAUUCUAUCCACCUUGUUAAAGUCACCAGCAAUGACAUCAACCCCGCCCCAACAGUGCCAUCACAAAUGUGGACUCAGAGUAGUGUUGAGAGUGCUUCCUAUGAUACAGACUAUGAAGUCAAUGAAUGUGGCCCAAAUGGUGCUUUCACCUUGUCCACCUUCCGCAACUCUAUGCGGUACAAUGCAGAUGGUCAAACUCCUGCUAUGAAGGCCCCAAAUUUGCAGAUUGUGACUGAGGAGGGUGCUGCAAUGCUAGGACACCUGCAAACCCCCACGGAUGCAUUUCAGCGCAUCUCUGCAACUCCCAGUGCUGACUCAUUUGACACAUCCAGUACCUCAUCUGGGGAGUGUUACGAAAAUACAGGCCACAACACAGCAGGUCUGUACCCAGAGAAUUAUGAAAAUCUUGGAGAAAUCAGAAGUGACCAGCAGCCUGGAAUUCCCACCGUACAUGUCACCGAGGACUUCCUGAAUCCAACAGUGUCUGGAGAGAGUAUGGAUCCAAGUGGUGGAGAAGAUUCCCCCAUUUACUCUCCUGUGAGUGCUGAUGUAGAGCCCUUCUCAAAUGACGCUGAUGACAGCGGUGACAACGAUGACUAUGAUGAUGUUAACUACACACAAACACCACUGUUGUGAGCUGGACCUAGUAGCCUGACGUAGUUGCCUCCUUUUUUUUUUUUUUUUUUUUUUUAUUCUUUCUGAAUUAGCUAGUUAAUUGAAAUUAUUCAUUCUGAAUUAGCUGGUUCAUUAAACGUACCUGAGAAUCCCAUUUUCCUGUACAUUCUGCAAUUAUGUUUUACUUCUGCAUAAUGAUGAGUGUGUUGAAAAUGUAAAGACACAGAAAGACCAUGUAUUUAGGGUGCUGGUCUAGAAUUAGUCGUCUCUGUGUGUUAUAUUUGCACUGAAAAAAAUCCCCAGCUCUUUCACUCUGAGUAGGCUUAUAUGUAUGUAAACUUACAUACCCUAGUGAAAAAAAAGUAUACUUUAUUGUAUUUGUAAUAUAUUUCCUGUUUCAACAGUACAUUGCAAAUAUACUAACAAAAAAUUGUACUAACUUUAAAUAUAUAAAAAGUGUAUUACCACCCUAUUUUUACAAUACAACUUUUAACACACUUUAAAAUAAUUGUAAUUUAGUAUAUUUUCUAAAAACAUAUUUUACAAAAAUAUACUUGAAUUGAAAGUUUUGUUUUUUUUUAAGUGUAUUUAUUUGCCCUUUAUGUAAAUAUAUUUUAGUACUAUUUUUAACUGUGUACUGAAAAUGUCCAUUGUAACAAUGCAUUGAAAGUUUAUUUUCAAAGUACAUUAUUAAAUACCCUGAAGUUGUAGUAUACUUUAAGUUCAAUUUUGGAGUAAUUUUUAA